AUGAUAGCAUGGUGGGAAAAAUACAUAUUCUCUAGUGAUAAUGCGCUGUUUAGGCUAUUUGUGGUUGUCAGAUUGGCCAAUGCACUCUUCAUAAGGACUUUCUUUCAAGCAGAUGAGUAUUGGCAAGCAUUGGAGCCUGCGCAUUAUGUGGCUUUCGGAUAUGGAGAAUUGACGUGGGAAUGGAGAACUGGCUUGAGAAGUUACCUCUUUCCUUUCAUUUUCGAGAUGGGAUAUAGGUUUGUAAAGGUUAUUAGCAUGUUAUGCCGAUAUUCCCUCGAUUCAUUGGUAGAUUCUCCGAAUUUUACAACCAGAAUCGAGUAUGUUGGUGUUAUUUAUGUCCCAAGGGUUAUAAUGGCUGUAGUGGCUGCAAUAGGUGACUAUUAUACUGUGAAGUUAGCACAUAAGGUUUUCAGCUCAACGGUUGUGGUUCCAAAGAAUGGAAAAAUAAAUAUGCCCAAACAGCUGCUAAGCGCCAAAAUCGUUACAGCCUUCAUUGUAACUAUUAAUUUUUUCAAUUGGUAUUUUAGUACACGCUCCUUUAUCAAUUCAUUUGAAAUGACUUUAACUACAGUAGCAUUGUAUUUUUGGGAUUGGGAUAGUGGAGAUGCUGUGAAGAGCAAGCAUUUCACGUUUUCACUGAUCUUCGGUAUUUUGGCUUGCUUUCUCAGGCCUAGUAAUGGCCUUAUCUGGGCUAUAUUGGGGUGGUUUUUACUAAUCAACCUUUUCCUGAGAAGAAGUUUCACAUUGAUUUUCUUAGUGCUUUUCAAAGUGCUUUUCUCCUUUGCCGUUGUUUUUUUGAUGAAUACCAUUAUUGACUAUUAUUUCUAUGGAUAUUUAACGUUUCCUUUAUUUAAGUUCAUCAAGUUUAAUUUUACCACUCCUUUAUCUCAGUUUUAUGGAGUUGCCCCUUGGCAUUUCCAUAUUUUUCAAAGCCUUCCAUUUUUGUUGGGUGGAUAUCUUGCUUUCUUUAUAUGUGGAUUGUGCAUGAUUCCUUUCCCUAACGUAGCAAACAGCAAAUUUUUGACUCCACUCCAUCAAUUCAGACUGGUAACUGUUAUUAACAUAAUAGUCUAUUCCUCUUUAGCUCACAAGGAAUUUAGAUUUGUUUAUCCAUUAAGACCAUUUUUUACUAUUAUCGCCGCUUAUGGGAUACUAAUAGUACAAGCACGUCCACCAUUUGGCAUUAAGUUUAAACAUGUAAUCAAUACUGUAUCUACGGUGAUUCUUCUACUGUCAUUAUUUGCAGGAAUGUAUUUGACCUACAUCAAUGAAUCGGGGGUGAUUGAUGUAAUGAAGUUUCUACAUUAUGAACCUAACAUCAAUAGUUUGGGAAUGUUAAUGCCUUGUCAUUCCACACCUUGGCAAUCAUAUUUGCACAGGAAUGAUAUUGAUAGUUUAUGGGCCAUCUCAUGUGAGCCACCUUUACAUCUUUUAAACGACCCACAUGCGGCUGAGAAACUACCAUUAUAUAUGGACGAGAGUGACUAUUUAUAUGCAGAUACACCAAGGUUUAUUGGACAACAUUUUCCCCCGAUUUCUGAUAAGACAGCUUCAACGGUCAGUUAUGAUCAUAGUUGGCCGGAAUAUCUGGUGCUUUUUGAGCACUUAAAUAACUUGUAUAUGAAAGAUUACUUGGAACAUACGAAUUAUGUGGAAUACAAGAGAUUUUUCAACUCUUACAGUCAUUGGGAUUCGAGGCGUAGCGGCGAUAUCAUUGUCUAUCGUCAAAACUAG